AUGAUCAAGUUCCAGGAAGAGGUGAUGUUCAAGGAUGUGGCUGUGGUCUUCACUGAGGAGGAGCUGGCCCUACUGGACAAGGGAGAUGUGAUGCUGGAAAACUUCCGGGACCUGGUCUCAGUGGAAGACGGGAUCAAAAACAACUUUUCAAACCUUCAGGGGACAGGACUGAGUUACCCCUCACAAGCAAUGUUCCUCUGCUGGCAGAUUUGGAAACACAGAAUUAGUGACUUAGCUGAGAGUCAGGAUUAUGUCACAAAUCUUCAAGGAGAUUGUCCCCAUUGUGCAGAAAAAGGUGUUUCCUUCUGUGAAGAGUGGGCAGGAACAUCUCUUCAGGUUGUGGAAAAUGAAAUGGUGGUAAAUACCAUUAAUUUCGAACAUCCAUCAGCUUGGAAAGGCUUGACCCAGGUCCUGACCCCAGAAUCUUCGAGAGAAGCCAGCAUAACAACAGAGCCCCAGAAUUCUCAGGGAAGAUGUAGAAGAAUUCACGUGGAAGAGAGAAUGUGUGGAUGUGAUUGGUGUGAUGGGAGCUUCCGUUGGCCCUCACAUGAUCAUGACAGUUCCCAGGAAUGUAAUGGAGAGGAACACUGUAGAUCCAAUGACUGUGGGAGAAGCUUGGUCACGGAGUCAACCAUUGAACGAUACAAUGUAGUCCAUAUGGUAUCAACACCUUCCAAAUGUAAUUGCUGUAGAAUGGGCUUCAUAGAUGAUUCAAAUCCUCCCACUCAUCACCGUGCUCACACAGGACAAAAAGCUUAUAAAUGGGACCAAUAUGGAAAAGACUUUAGUCAGAGCUCAGACUUAGUUCAUAAUGAAACCCAUUCAGGUGCAAAAUUUUAUAACUGCCAUGAGUGGUCUAAGGGCUGCAAACAGAGCUCAUACCUUCCCAGAUAUCCAAAAGUACCCUCAGGAGACAAACCCUACAAAUGUGAUGAAUGUGGCAAGGGCUUUCAGCGGACCUCCUCUCUGCACAACCAUCAUCGAAUCCAUACAGGAGAGAUGCCCUACAAAUGCGACGUGUGCGGUAAGGGGUUUGGAUCCAGCUCACUGCUUUGUAGUCAUCAGGGAGUACACACAGGGCAAAAACGCUGUAAGUGUGAAGAGUGUAGGAAGGCAUUUGAUCAGAGCUCAAAUCUUGUCCACCAGAGGGUGCACACUGGAGAGAAACCCUACAAAUGCAGUAAGUGUGGCAAGUGUUUCAGUUCCAGCUCCGUUCUUCAAGUCCACCAGCGGCUGCACAUGGGAGAGAAGCUGUAUAGGUGUCAUGAGUGUGGGAAAGGCUUCAGCCAAAGCACACACCUUCAUAUUCACCAGAGAGUCCACACAGGAGAGAAGCCGUACAAAUGCAAUGUGUGCAGCAAGGACUUUGCAUACAGUUCAGUUCUUCACACUCACCAGAGGGUUCACAUGGGAGAAAAGCCUUACACAUGUGAUGUCUGUGGGAAGGGCUUCAGUUAUAGCUCAUACUUUCAUCUACAUCAAAAAGAUCACACAAGAGAGAAACCCUACAAAUGUGAUGAGUGUGGUAAGAGCUUCAGCUGGAAUUCAGAUCUUCAUGUCCAUCUCAGGGUCCACACAGGAGAAAGGCCCUGUAAGUGCAAAGAAUACGGUAAGGGCUUCAGUCACAAUUCUUAUCUUCUUGCCCAUCACAGAGUGCAUAUCAACAAGUCAUAACAUACAUGUCAUGAGUGUGGUGAGGGUUUUAGCAAUAGCUCAGACCUGCUUACUCAUCAAAAACUGCAUAUGAGGACAGAGGCAUUACAGAUGUCGUGA